GUCCGUCUCAAAACAUCAACAACUUCUGCAAAUACCAUCUUGCAUUUCCAAAUAUCCCAAGCAAAAGAAAGCCCUCCUUGCAAACUAUAUUACAAAGCUCUCCAAACAGGCCUUGACACGCACUAAAAGUAUCGAAGAUGAUGACCAAACCCGGUGUCUUUUACCUCUCAAUUCUACUUCUUUUUCUCUUCCAUGUUAUUAACACUUUAGCCCAACCCACCGCGGCUCCAGUCCAAUCCACCACGGCUCCAACUCCACCUGCCAAUGCUCCAGCCAAGCCGGCCACGCCCCCGAGCACACCUGCCACGCCUCCCACCUCACUUGCCAAGCCUCCAAUCCAAUCUGCCAAGGCGCCUUCCCAGUCUGUCCAAGUACCUGUACAAAAAGGCUCUAUUGACGUCACAAAAAUCCUUGCAAAGGCACACGGCUACUCAGUCCUUAUCCGCCUCUUAAAAAGCACUGGAUUGGCUGCGCAACUAUACGGGCAACUCAACAAUUCGAACAAUGGCUUUACCAUCUUUGCACCUACGGAUACAGCAUUUUCGAAUCUCAAACCAGGCACUAUAAACUCUCUAUCUGACCUACAAAAGACCCAGCUAAUACAAUUUCACAUCUUGAACUCCGUGAUUGGUCUGUCCAACUUCCAAACCCUAAGCAAUCCAGUGCCAACAGAGGCCGGUGAUACUAGCGCCGGAGAAUUCCCCCUAAAUGUGACCACAGCCGGCAACCAAGUGAACAUUUCAACCGGCCUUGUGAAUACCACAAUGGGUGGUACAAUAUAUAUGGAUAACCACCUAGCGAUAUAUCGAGUGGACAGUGUGCUUCUUCCACUGGACAUUUUUUCUCCUAAGCCUAAAAAGGCUGCUGCCCCUAAACCAGCAUUGACAGAAUCAAAUACCACGACCGCUGCAGAGAGUCCAUCAGGUGGUGGUGGUGGUGCUACUACUGCUUCUUCUUCUACAACGGACACCGAUGCUGCCAAAGUAAAUGCGUCUGGUGCAGUAAGCCUCAGUACAAACAAACUUUUGUUGCCCAUCGGAGUUGUUGUGGUUGCAUUCUUUGUGGCGAAAGGAACUUGAUGGCGUAAUAUUACCAGCUUGAAUUCCCUUGGUGGAAUCAUUUUAUUUUUUAAUGCAUUGUUUGGCUCAGUUGGGUUGAUAACAUUGUGUUCUUUCAAAAUUAUCGCCUUCUUUAAUCUCCUUACUCGUUCUCUGUUGUUUUUUAUUUUUUUGUUUGCUAUAUUCGUACAUGUUAAAGGAUCGGUUUUC